CCGACAACGCCACCUUCUACUGUGGGAGGAAGGGCUUUGAGGAAAUCAAUGGCUACACCAGGCAGAGCCCUAAUCAACCCAUCUCUCACAUCUACAGAUUUCAAUGUGGCAGUCCGCAUAAACUCCCUUCUGAAAAUUCUAAACCCACAAAAACCCGACCGCUCUAAUCUGGGUUUAGCGGCUCUCAACCGUUUCUCGCCUCUCCUGAAGCCAAGCCUUGUAAUCCACGUAAUCAAAUCUCAGGCCAACCCUCACCGUGCCCUCUUCUUCUUCAACUGGGCUUCAAACCCUAACCCUAAUCCCAACAACUAUUCCCACACUCACCAUUGCUACGUGGCCAUCACCGACCUCCUCCUCUCCCAUUCUCUCUUCUCCACCGCUGCCUCACUCCUUCAAGAAUCCAAUAGACUCAAUGAUUUCUUGGUCAGCAGGUUUAUCGCAGUUCAUGGCGGACGAGGGGAUAUCGGAGCCGCCAUGGAUUGGUUUCACAAGGCGAAGUUGAUCGAGAAUGGGAAAUGCUUGUUUUCGUACAAUGCGAUUUUGGGUGCUCUGGUUAGGGCUGACAGGAUGAGUGUAGCUAAGGAAAUAUAUGAUCAGAUUGUGAAGGAAGGUAUGGUGAAGCCCGAUGUCUCGACUUGUAGCGUAAUGAUUAAUGGGUUUUGCAAAAUGGGUGAAAUGGAGAAUGCCCAGAAGGUGUUUGAUGAAAUGAUUUGUGAGCCAGAUGUGAUUACUUACAGUACCAUGAUUCGUGGGUUUUGUAAGAUGGGUGAUUUUGUUAGCGCAAGGAAGGUUUGUGGUCAGAUGAGGGAGAAAAAGGAUUGUUUGCCCAAUACAGUAACAUAUUCAAUUUUGAUUGACGGGUAUUGCAAGAAAGGCGAGUUGGAUGAGGCGAUCAAGUGUAUGAAUGAAAUGGAGGAGCAGGGAUGUGAGCCCAAUCAAGUUACUUACAGUGCUCUGAUUCAUGGAUUUUGUAAAAAGGGUGAUCUUGAUAGUGCAAGGAAAGUGUUUGAUAAAAUGAUUUGUGAGCCAGAUGUGAUUACUUACAAUACCAUGAUUCUUGGAUUUUGUAAAAAGGGUGAUCUUGAUAGUGCAAGGAAGGUGUUUGAUAAAAUGAUUUGUGAGCCAGAUGUGAUUACUUACAAUAACAUGAUUCUUGGAUUUUGUAAAAAGGGUGAUCUUGAUAGUGCAAGGAAAGUGUUUUGUCAGAUGAGGGAGAAAAAGGAUUGUUUGCCCAAUACAGUAACUUAUUCAAUUUUGAUUGAUGGGUAUUGUAAGAAAGGCGAGUUGGAGGAGGCGAUCAAGUGUAUGAAUGAAAUGGAGAAGCAGGGUUGUGAGCCUAAUAUGUUUACUUGCAGUUCUUUAAUUCAUGGUUUCUGUAAGACAGGUGAUUUGGAUAGGGCGAGGCGAGUUUUGAGUCGGAUGAGGGAGAGCAAGGAUUGUUUGCCCAAUACGGUAACUUAUACAACUUUGAUUGACGGGUAUUGUAAGAAAGGCGAGUUGGAGGAGGCGAUGAAGUGCAUGAGUGAAAUGGAGAAGCAGGGAUGUGAGCCCAAUCAAGUUACUUACAGUGCUCUGAUUCAUGGAUUUUGUAAAAUGGGUGAAAUGGAGAAUGCUCAGAAACUGUUUGAUGAAAUGACCGGCGACCCUGAUCUGAUUACUUACAAUACUAUGAUUCAUGGGUUUUGUAAGACGGGUGAUUUUGAUAGCGCGAGGCGAGUUUUGAGUCAGAUGAGGAAAGAAGGGCGAGUUGGAUGAGGCGAUCAAGUGUGUGAAUGAAAUAGAGAAGCAGGGUUGUGACCCUGAUCUGUUUACUUGCAAUGCUCUGGUUCAUGGUGGAAGUUGAAAAGCUUGUUCGAGUCAUGCUUUUGAAUGGUCGCGAGCUUGAUACCCCCUCCACGGUUGCAUAAUAAAGAGGUACUGCAAGGAUGACAACGUGAAUAUGGCAAUGCAGACUUUCUGUGGAACAAUUACAUUUUCAGUUUGGAGAGCUUCUCGGUUUUGGUCAAGGAAAAAGCGAUGGCAGUUGAGGGUAAGAGGAUAUUUGAUGAUAAGCGUAAGAGAUGCACCGUGCCUGAUGCUGAUAGUUGCCGAAGGGUGCUAGUGGAACAUUUGUCUGUGUGUAGGGAAAGAAUGGAGGUUACUUGAUCGUGAAACAACAGUAAUGCAGGUUUUGAUGAGUAUGAUGGGAGUCAUGAAGAAGUAAACUCAUCGAUUUUUCGUGUUUUUAUAUCGUCCGCCUCAUAUUUUCCUCCGACGUGAAGCUCAAGUACGCGUUAAUUAGGGACGAAUCGAUUGUCUGACGAAUUGCGUAAUGAAGCAGAAGCCAAAUUUUCUUGAUCAAAAUCAAUGUUGUUCUCCAGUCGGGGAAGGAGACAAAUGGGUUUCCCAUGGGCUCUCAUGUCAUAGCUCAUACUAAUUGUAUAAAAUAAAUUCAAAUUGCUAAAUAUUUAUGAAAUAUUAAUCAAUUGCUAUUUGAUUAAAAUUGAGAACAA